AUGAGCCACAGAAUGGAGUAUCCUUCGGGUUCUCCGCAUAGGGGAGCUCAAUCUGAGUAUUCCCGCUAUCAACCCAAACUGACUGGAUCCCCCUCUGCGUCCAGGACCGUUGGCUUUGAGUCGACUACCGCAUUUAUGAACAGAGGAUAUGCGACGACGCUGAAGAACGAAUUCGGAUCCGUUCCGAGAUCAUCGGAGAGCUUUUUUGAUUUCUCAAACCAAUUUACCGGGGUGUUGACGAAAAUGAAUGAGAAAGAACUGCUCCAUGGGCUGAACGACCGUUUCGCCGGAUUCAUAGAGAAGGUGCGUCAUUUGGAGCAUCAAAAUGAAUUGCUCGAGAGGGAAAUCGAGGAAAUCAAACAGAAGGCACAGUCCCCUGCGUCUCUCGCCCAGGAGCACGAGCCGGAGCUUAGGGAUCUGAGGAAACGAGUUAAUGACAUUACCCUUCAGAAGCGUCAGAUCGAGAUAGAGCAUCAGAACCUGGAGGAAGAUUUCCUCACCUUGAGAGACAAGUACGAGCAGGAGGCGCGUGACCGCUCGGACGCAGAGAACGGCAUCCUUGUGCUGAAAAAGGACGCCAACGAUGCAUACCUCGCCAAACUUCAGUUGGACAAGAAAGCGCAGUCUCUAGUGGACGAGAUCCACUUCCUGAAGAAGAACCAUGAGGACGAGGUAUCGGAGAUGGUGGCCAAGAUCCAAGAGGCUCAGGUAACGGUCAAGGCGCACGACUUUGGCAAACCCGAAAUCACUGCGGCUCUCCGGGACAUCCGUGCACAGUUAGAAGGUCACGCUGCCUCCGACAUUCAGCAGGCGGAGGAGGGCUUCCGUGUCCAGUUCGCAAAGUUAACCAAAGCGGCAGAGAGCAACAGAGAGGCGCUGAAGGCGACCCAGCAGGAGAUCCAGGAGAAUAGAAGGUGCCUGCAGGGAAAAAAUAUUGAACUGGACUGCGGGAAAGGAACGAGAGAGGCCCUGGAAAAACAACUACACGAGCUGGAAGAGCGUCACUAUGUGGAAAUGAUUCAUUACCAGGACACUAUCAGGCAGCUGGAGAAUGAGCUGACCAAUGCUAAACUAGACAUGUCUGGCUACCUGAGAGAGUUCCAGGACCUGCUGAAUGUCAAAAUGGCUUUGGAUGUGGAGAUUCUCUCUUACAGGAAACUCCUGGAGGGUGAGGAGUCCCGUCUGUACACCAUCUCUGACACCCACAUCUCCAUGCCCUGCAUCUACAACCAGCCCCCCGUCUACACCCUGCCUUGCCUGGCCCGGCAGGGAGGUCCCACACGCAGAUCUGUGCCCCAGUACAAGUUUGUAGAGGAGAUCAUAACUGAGACCACCAGAGAGGUGGAGAUGUCCGAGAUCGAGGAGACAGGCUCCGAGGAGACAGGCUCCGAGGAGACAGGCUCCGAGGAGACGGUCGGGGGACAGGGAGAGGAGCUGAGACAGAAGCAGGGAGAAGAGCGUGACAAAGCUGAUAGGAGGAGUGGGGAAGAGGAGGAUGAAGAGAAAGAGAAAGAUGGAAGUAAAGUGGAUCUUGAAGUGGACGCCCCAGAGGAAAAGGGUGAACAGGAGGAAGAGUCUAAGAGACAGCAGAUGGAAACAUCAGCAGAGGUAGCGAUGAAUGGAGAUGGAGUUAACCCUAGCGAGGGGAGAAGAUGGAGAGGAAGGAGAUGA